AUGAGAGCAGGCAAGUUGGUUAACAAGGCAGCAAUGGCGCUGAUGUCCAAUUCGUGCAAGAUACCAUCACCUUCAUUGUGUUCCGCUAUGACCCCAAAUCGUCGCCGUUCAUUCGUUGACGAUCCCCGCCAGCUCGAAGCUAUUUUCCAAAAAAAGCAGUUACUCCGAUCCAAAAUUCGUAAAGAGCUGAAGAAUAUGAGUCCCAUUCAACGAGCCCAUGAAGAUACUGCAAUACAGAAUAUUGUUUUAGAAGCCCUAUGGUUCAAAUCCAGCCAGAGCUUGUGUGCUUAUGUUAGCUCAGCUGCUUUACGAGAGGUUGGCACUUCAAAAAUUCUAGCAGAAGUUCUAUGCAAUGAAUCCAAACAGGAAAAACAAAAGAGAGUGUACGUACCCCGUGUGGAAGACAUAUUUAGCAACAUGAAAAUGCUGAAGAUUUCGAGUCUGAAUGAUCUAGUUCUAAGCUACAUGGACAUUUUGGAACCAGCCCCAGUAGAUUCUGAUGGAAAAGAGCGGGAAGAGGUUAUGCAGGCUUGUGAACCUGUGGACUUGGUUGUUCUACCUGGGCUUGCAUUUGACAGAUCUGGACGAAGGUUGGGACGUAAUGGAGGUUAUUAUGAUAUGUUCUUGAGGAAGUAUGAAGAUCUAGUCAAGGAAAAAAACUGGAAGCGACCCUUACUUGUUGCCCUUGCAUAUUCCAUUCAGAUAGUGGAUGAGGGUGCUAUCGCUACCACUCCUAAUGAUGUUCCAGUAGACGCACUCGUUUCCCCAGCUGGCUUCUCUCCCAUAAGUCCAGUGGCCUUGAAGUUAUAUGGUUAAUCGUCUCUAGCACGCACGAAAAUAUAUCAGGAAGUUUUUCCCUGGAACACAUUCUUUACAUGUGACAGGUCCGUUGAUACCAAUGUAUGUCAGAGGAUUUCAAUGAGUAGUAGGAUACUGCUUGUCUGAUCUCCGCAGCAAGUUUUACUAUCUAUCCAGAUGCUUGAUUAACUUGUUUACUGGACGAAGCUAUGCUCCGAAGUUUCUUAUUUUAUGGGGUUUACAUCGGAAAGUUGUAAACUUGCUGAGGUCUG